AUGGCUGCCAUGGACAACAUUUAUAAAGACAGCCAGAAGUCCACGGUGAAAUCAGGACUUCUUUACCGACCCAUCCGACGCAAGAGGUGCCAACUCCAGACCAUAAUGAUCCUCCUCGCCAGCCUUAUCCUUUCCCUGUUCAUGCUACUUGCGAAAGCAUCAUGUUCGCAUACAGUCCCGCCAACAGCCAGCAUUCUCAAUGGAACAUAUGAAGGCCGUCAUCUUCCUGAGUUUGGCCAGGAUCUCUUUCUCGGCAUCCCGUACGCCCUCGCUGCCCGUCUCCGCAACCCCUUACCCCUGAACGAGUCGUGGACUGGCGUCCGCGAUGCCACUCGCUAUACCGUUGCCUGCUAUGCCGAUUACUAUCCGGGCACUCUGGAAUCUGUGGGUGUAACUGUGAGCGAGAACUGCCUGAACCUGAACAUCAUCCGGCCUGCUGGAACGACUUCAUCCUCGAGGCUUCCGGUCGUGGUCUGGGUACACGGCGGCGGCUUCUUCGGCGGCUUCGGCGCAGAUGGGAACACCAACACAUCCUAUGUCGUCCGUGACUCUGUCGAGAACGGCACCCCGAUCAUGGCCAUCACCAUCAACUAUCGCCUUGGGUUCUUCGGCUUCCCAGGCGGACACCAAGUGGCGGCAGAGGGCGUCACGAACCUCGGCCUGAAAGACCAACGACAUGCUCUGCGCUGGAUUCAAGAGAACGUCGCCGCGUUCGGUGGCGACCCCAGCAAGGUCACUUUAUGGGGCCAGUCCGCCGGCGCCAUAUCCAUCGGGCACCAGAUCCUCGCCUACGGCGGCAAUGGCGCCGAGGAGCUGUUCAGAGGAGGCAUCCUGGUAAGCGGCAGCGCAGGGCUUGCCACUAACAUGCUGCUUCCCACUCACCCCAGCAUCAUGGAAGCGUACGACGGUCUCCUGAAUGCGACAGGCUGCGCCGAUGCGGACCAUACAUUGAACUGCGUCCGCGAAGCCCCUGCAGAUAUUGUCUGGAAAGCCACCAUCGGGGCCCCGUUUCCCUCCUGGUGGCCGAGUAUCGACGGAGACUUUGUCCAGAAGCCCCCUACAUGGCAAAUCCUCGAGGGUGGCAUCGCCCCCGUUUCCGUUAUCGUCGGCGCCAACAACGACGAGGGUUUGGCGACAGCCUACGCGUUUGCUGCCUCCGAAACCGAGGCCGAUGCCGCGGCCCUCCUCCAUCUCCAAUUCCCAGCUGCGAGGGACUCGACCAUCCAAGAGGUCCUGGCCGCUUACCCCGUCGAUGCUCCCAGCCCCCCCUACUCCCUGCCUGUCAGCUCCGACCCGGCGAACGACCCAUUCUGUGCUGCCCUCCGCGAGGCCAACAUGACCUGCGGCGCACAGUACCGCAGGAUGGCAGGCAUCUACAGCGACUAUGCGCAGAUUGGCGGCCGGCGGUUGACGGCGCGUGAGUGGGCUCGGGCCGGGAUCCCCGCGUACAGCUACCGCUUCGACACGAACCCGACAGACAUCCCCAUCGUCAAGAACGUCCUCGCCCCGGGGUUCGCGACGCACUCGGCCGAGUAUUCCUACUUCUUCAACUUCCCGCCUGAGUACGACAUGCACGGGCUGAACCCGCCCGUGCGAAACGUGUCGUCGCACCUGACGCUCUCGCGGAACAUUGUCGACAAGUUCAUUGCGUACAUUGCCACGGGCAACCCGAACUCGUUCUCAGUCCCUGACGUGCCCGAGUGGCCUCAAUACUCCGUGUCGGAGCCGACGAACAUGGUCUUCAACGCCACCUUUGCGGACAACACGAUCCACACGCGCGUCGAAGCGGACACCUGGCGUGGGGAGGGCUUGGAGCUGUGGGUGAAGUACGCUGUGGAGCUCAGCUUCAACGGCAACUGGCGGCCGUGA